CCCCGCAGCCCGAAUAUGCCGAAUUGCCCCCCCCCCCCCUUCUGCAUAUUUCUCACCCUGCUGCUUCUUUCUUUUUUUUUUCUCUGUUGAAUUCUAAAUCGUGCAAUUCAUCUCAGGAAGUUAUCAAUUAUACUCCCCUAUUUGGAUCUGACAUACAGUGCCUAAUAUUGCAACAUUCGGUAUUUCAAUUUACUUUCAUCACAUCUCAUACAUUCUCGCCAUAUAGUUGGUUAAAGGGCGUGCACAACGAGGACCGUCAAAAUGGGACUGAGAACGGUUAACCUAGUCCUUCGGGGCAUUGAGGCCAUCUUCACUGUGAUUAUCAUGGCACUUAUCGGCAACAUGAUAUCAGAUGCAUUUCACGACAGCUCGUCAACAGUGAACUACAUCCUCUUUGUGUCAGCGUUUUCAAUGUUGACGCUCUUCUACCUAUUUGCUGCCGCGAUCAGCGAGGCAUUCAUGAUCCACCCUAGCGUCGUGUUCCUUGUUGAUCUACUGAACACCAUCUUCAUUUUCUGCGGUGCUAUUGCUCUGCCGUCGAAGCUGCGUGUGCAUUCCUGUAGCAACGAGACAUACACCUCAAGGAACUCGAUAACCAGGGACUCCCCGAGCCCAGAAAAGCGUUGCCGUGAAGCCCAGGCAGUUUCUGCCUUCCUUUGGUUCCUGUGGGCGGCGUUCUUGGCAUCCACGGUCAUCUCUGGGCUCGGUAUUCGCGGCAUGAUGGUUGACAUGCGUGGUCCACGUCCUGGCCGACGCACCCGCCCGUCCAUGUCCCAGGUGUAAGAAAGGCUAGAUCUGUUGUCGGGGGAAGGGAGGGGGGGUGGAGACUGUGAGAAGGUUCGAUGUAUGUGAUGUUAAAGUGUAAAGCGAAUCGUGCAGUUCGGUUGUCGAUGUCAUUGAGGGUAGCGAUUUUGUUCCUCUAGGGCAGGGCAUUCUUUUUAACGAUUUCAAUAGGUUUCUGGCGGACAAGAAGUUCAAAGCUUAGCUUACGAUCCUGAAAACUUGGAUUAGGCGCGACUGUGUGACUGGGAACGUGGUGACCCCAGGCAAAAUGAAAAAGGAAGUACGAAAAUAAGCGAUUGAUUGAUGAGUUCUAUCUGUCGAGGUCUUGUCGAGUCGAUGUGGUUUUUAUAUGGCACAACACUCAUCCAAACCCAACAAGAACAAAAAUAUCCAAAUAUCCCGGGUGAUGGAUCUUUGUUGCAUGCAUGUGUGAAUGAUGCAUUCAGGCUCUUGUUUACCCUUCUUGAGUUUCUUGUCAAUUCUUAUUGGUUUUCACACAUCUACUACAUAUUCAGGCUAUAUCCAAGUUUUUUGCUUUUUUCAUUACACUUAAUGUUUCAUCAAUGGGUGAGAAGGGAGAGAAGUGGUAAUGGGCGCUUGCUGUUGUGCUGUUGUUCGCCUGGUAAUUGAGCUGGGCGAUGGGUUCAGAGGCUGGGUCCUGUAUAUAUAUCUAUCCGUCGGCGUUCGAGGUGGUUAUUUCCGGUGUACAUUACAAAAAUGUUCUUAAGUUAUGGUGAAUUCCAACUCUCCGACUUCCUGGAUGAGCUCCAUGUACUGUGUUGAAAGCAUCAUUAUUUCCUCAGGGCAUGUUCGGUUGCACAUACAAGUCUGUAUAACCUUGUAUUAGAAGACUCAUUUACAUGCUCUUGCGCUAGAUCCCACUCUAAUGCAUACUAUUCGAAUUUGAUGCUAUUCAACCCAACUGAAUUAAUUAUAUAUAAAUAAAAACUAGAAAAUAUUGCG